AUGGCGGCAGUAAUAGACACCGCAGCCACCCCUGGCACAGUUACGCUGGUAGAUGUGAAUCAUGUCCUGGCCACUCGGCAUUUGGACCAUGGAGAUCGUGAUAUCGUGCUGGUUCCAACGCCCUCAAAUGACCCGGACGACCCUCUUAACUGGAGUCGGAGGCGCAAGCUUCUGUCCACAGCCUGUGAUGCUAACGAUUACGCUUUCAGCUACACAUUAUUCACCGGAAUUGCUUGCUCUGUCGUUUACUCGGUGCUUACACCGCUCCAUGAAGCAACGGGCUUGCCAGUGAGCACAUUGAACGAAGGAACAGGAUACAUGUUCUUGUUGGCUGGAUGGGGGUUGCUAUUUUGGCAGCCCUUCGCUAUGCAGUAUGGCAAGCGCCCGACGUACCUUCUGUCUUUGGCGGGCAUAUUGGGGGUGACAAUGUGGGGACCAUAUGCGAGCACCAACGGUCAAUGGAUCGCGCGAAACAUCGUUUCCGGAUUUUUCACUGCGCCUGUAGAAGCGCUCCCUGAGAUCUCCGUUACGGAUAUAUACUUCACCCACGAGCGAGGAACAUACAUGGGCUUGUAUGCUUUCUUCCUAGCAGGAAGCAACUAUUUCGCACCCGUCAUCUGCGGAUUCAUCGCCCAGUACCAAGGCUGGCGAUGGGUAUUUUACUGGCCGAGUAUUUUCGCUGGCUGUGCACUCAUCUUUCUCUUCUUUUUCUGCGAAGAAACCAACUAUGUUAGAAAACAUGAUGGAGAGCCUAGUGCCGAGGUAUCGCAAGUCAGCUCAAACAGCGAGCGACCAGAGAAACCGCCGGUCACGACCAACGAUUGCGAAGCUGUGACUGAGCAUAGGGCAUACAGUAAGAAGACAUAUGUGCAAAAAUUGGCACUCUGGGGCCCGCGCCAGGAGCACAACACCAUGUUCCGCCGGUUCUGGCAGUGUUUAUAUUUCCUUUCGUGGCCGGUUAUCUUUUACGCUGGAUUCUCUUACGGGUCUUACCUGGUUCUUUUCAAUAUCAUGAACGGAACUGCCUCCAUCAUUCUUGGCGGACCGCCAUAUAACUUCGGGUCUUCCAUGGUCGGUCUCAGCUACCUAGCGGCCAUUUUUGGUGUAAUUCUUGCAUCCGUUUUCACCGGAAAAUUCAGUGACUGGCUGACUGUCAAGCUCGCCCGCCGAAACAAUGGAGUCAUGGAGGCAGAGCAUCGUCUAUGGCCCUUCCUUGCUUGUCUAGUACUUGUGCCCGGCUCCCUCAUACUAUGGGGCGUCGGUGCCGCGCAUGAGAUCCACUGGUUUGGACUGCUGGUGGCCAUGUGCUUGAUUUCUUUCACCAAUACCUGUGGCAUCACGCUGAGUGUGAACUACUUUAUUGACAGCUACCGAGAGCUGAGUGGCGUUGCCAUGGCCAGUGUUAUUCUGGUCCGGAACACCAUGUCCUUUGCCAUUGGCUAUGGUAUCACACCCUGGGUUGAUAAUAUGGGCUAUCAGAACUGCUUUAUAUCCGCUGCUUUCAUUGGAAUGGCCUGCGCUGCGGUCUUCCUCUUCAUGAUCAAGUUCGGAAAGACUUUCCGUGAGCGCACUCGCGAGAAGUACUGGAAGAUUGUUCAAACGAACGUGGAGAAGGGAAUGGGCCAUUAG